GUUUGAUGUUAAAUUAUUAGUUCAGAUCUGCCUGUAUUUGUUUAGUUCUUCGAUUUGUAAUUUGGUUCUUGAAGAAACAAGUACAAGAAAGAAAACCCAUUAAUCAAUCCUCUUCUUCUUCCUGGAAAAAAAAAAAAAUCUGAAAGGAUGUCUGGGCAAAGCCAGAGGUUGAAUGUAGUUCCGACAGUUACGAUGCUUGGAGUUAUGAAAAGUAGGCUUGUGGGAGCUACAAGAGGUCAUGCUCUUCUGAAAGAGAAGAGUGAUGCUUUAAUUCAAUUUCGUUCAGAUUUAAAAAGGAUCGUUACUACAAAGGAAUCAAUGGGAGAAGUUAUGAAAAGUUCUUCCUUUGCCUUGACUGAAGCGAAGUAUGUUGCUGGUGAAAACAUCAAGCAUAUUGUCCUUGAGAAUGUCCAAAAUGCUUCUCUUAGAGUUCGAUCUCGACAAGAGAAUGUUGCUGGUGUUAAGCUUCCUAAGUUUGAGUAUUUCACGGAAGGCGAGACCAAGAAUGACCUUACUGGGUUAGCCAGAGGGGGCCAGCAGGUUCAACUCUGUCGUGCUGCUUAUGUCAAAGCAAUUGAGCUUCUUGUCGAGCUUGCUUUGCUUCAGACUUCCUUUUUAACACUAGAUGAGGCAAUUAAAACUACGAAUCGUAGGGUUAAUGCUUUAGAGAAUGUUGUUAAGCCUAGGUUGGAGAAUACCAUCAAUUACAUUAAGGGGAAGCUGGAUGAGCUCGAAAGGGAGGAUUUCUUUCGUUUAAAGAAGAUACAGGGUUAUAAGAAGAGGGAAAUUGAGAGGCAAUUAGCCGCUGCCAAACAGUUUUCUGAGGAGCAGUUUGCUGAGAAAGUUUCUUUGCAGAAAGGAAUUUCAAUUAACUCGGCUCACAACUUGUUAUCUGCAGCAGCAAAUAAAGAUGAGGAUAUAAUUUUCUGAUGCGGAGGUUAGCUUAUGUGUAUGUUUGGCUUGCCACAUUCGUAGUUAUUUUUAUUACAACUCUGGAAGAGGAUGAUCUAAUGUUUUCAAUGAGAAGCUUUCUGUAUGAUCUUAUUAGUGUAUAUUCAUCAAUGCAUCGAAUUUGUUUACUUGAA